AUGGUGCUCCUAACAGAAUUUAACAUUGAGUACAUCACAAAGAAGGUAGUCAAGGGUAGAGCUAUAACUGAGUUUCUAGCCCAGACCGCGAUCGAAAGAGACGACCCUUGGGAUUUGAAAUAUCCUUAUAAGAAUCUGGGGGCAAUUGAGAUGCAGGAAUGGAAGAUGUACUUCGAUGGAGCUAUGAACGCAAGAGCUAUAGGCUUAGGAAUAGUUAUGAUCACGCUAGAAGGGAAAAUGCUGCCAAUGGCCAAGAGAUUAGACUUUAAAGUGACUAAUAAUAUGAUGGAGUAUGAAGCAUGUUUAUUUGGAUUAGAAGCAGUUGUGGUAGCAGGAGCUAAGAAUUUGAUGGUCUAUAGAGAUUCCAUGCUGGUAAUUCAAGAAGCACUCGAGGAAUGGAAAGUAAAAGAAGAGAGGUUGAAGCCGUAUGUCAACUAUCUUAGAAUUUUAGUGUGGAAUUUCUCCAAGUGUUCCUUUGUACACUUGCCUUGGGAUGAGAAUUAG